AUGGAACAACGAAUGCCGUAUUUGGAAAGAAUUGUUAAUGCGGCAAAAAAUACAAUAAUGGGAGCAAUAAAUAAUGAACUGACACAAAAUGAAAUGGUAAAUAAAGUUAAUGCAGAAACCGGUAAGGUACUUGUCACACAAGGAGCAUGCAAACAUUAUUCAAUUAAAAUAUGUGAAGGAUCUUCAAAUGAAAUAAAUUGCCCACAGACAUCUUUUAUUCGAAUUCAAAGUGCUUUUUAUGGUUGUUUUAACAAUAAAAUAUGCUCAACUAAUACAACUACAUAUGUUUUACAAAUCAACCUAACAAAUGUUACAGAUAUUGUUCAAAAUUUGUGCAAUAGAAAUAGUAGUUGUCUUAUUGAACCCAAUAAUAUUUGGUUUGAUCAUUUAUGUUUGAACACUUGGAUGCAUACAAUUGUUAACUAUUCUUGUUACUUAGAGGAUUCAAUAUUUGUUGCUAAAAUAAAUAACUUCUCUAACAUAAUCUUAAAUGCUUUUUAUGAUGAAUUUGUUGUUUCCUUUGAUAUAAUAAAUACUGGAAAAAACCCCACAACUGUUAUAAGUAUAGAAGAUAGUUCAGGUAGUCUGAUGGACUUCAAUGUUUUUGAUUUUCUUUUAACAAUUACUGGAUUAUGUAAUUACGCAGUUCCAAUAACAGUUAAUACAUGGAGUUCGAUCAUGAUUUCUCAAUAUUUCAUAGACGAUGACAAUAUUUAUGAAAUUACUGUAAAUGUUAAUGGAUCUGUCCAGUUUUUAAGUUUUUGUACUCAGCCACAGAUGUUCACAGAUGUCAUUUUGUAUACUUUUCCUAAUUGUUAUAGUUUACAUGUUUGUAAUUAUGGGUCAAUUCAAAACCUAUCAAUUUAUAGCAAUACACAAGUGAUAUGGUCUGAAUGGAGCGAAUGGUCACAUUGUGAUACAUCUUAUGUCAUAACUCGAACUCGAAAUUGUAGCAAUAAUCAAUGGUUAAAUUGCACUGGAAACAACACUGAGGUUGAAUUGUGCAGUAGUUUAUAUCAAGCAUUUUGGUCACAAUGGAGCAAUUGGACAAGUUGCAAUGCUUCUAAUGGAUUUACAAAUAGGUCAAGAGAGUGUAAUGCUUCUAAUGCUUUUGAUUGGUGUAUAGGAAAUAACUCUGAAAUAAACCAAUGCUUUGCAUUUUGGACGCAAUGGAGCAAUUGGACAAACUGCAAUUCUUCUUAUGGAUUUACCAGCAGGUAUAGACAGUGUAACACCUCAAAUCCUGAUGAUUUGUGUAUAGGAAACAACACUGAUGUUAACCAAUGCUUUGUAUUUUGGUCGCAAUGGAGCAAUUGGACAAGUUGCAAUUCUUCUUAUGGAUUUACUAGCAGGUAUAGACAGUGUAACACCUCCAAUGCUGUUGAUUGGUGUAUAGGAAACAACACUGAAGUAAACCAAUGCUUUGCAUUUUGGACACAAUGGAGCAAUUGGACAAACUGCAAUUCUUCUUAUGGAUUUACCAGCAGGUAUAGACAGUGUAACACCUCAAAUCCUGAUGAUUUGUGUUUAGGAAACAACACUGAAGUAAACCAAUGCUUUGUGUUUUGGACUCAAUGGAGUAAUUGGACUGGAUGCAAUUCUUCUCAUGGAUUUAUGAGCAGGAAAAGAGAGUGUAAUACUUCAAAUGCUAUUGAUCAGUGUAUUGGAAACAACAGUGAAGUAAACCAAUGCUUUGCAUUUUGGGGACAAUGGAGCAAUUGGACAAGUUGUAAUUCUUCUUACGGUUUUACUAGCAGGUAUAGACAGUGUAACACCUCAAAUCCUGUUGAUUCAUGUAUAGGAAAUAACACUGAAGUAAACCAAUGCUUUGCAUUUUGGGUGCAAUGGAGCAAAUGGACAAAUUGCAAUUCUUCUUAUGGAUAUACCAGCAGGUAUAGACAGUGUAACACAUCCAAUGCUGUUGAAUCGUGUAUAGGAAAUAACUCUGAAAUAAAACCAUGUUUUGUGUUUUGGUCACAAUGGAGUUGUUGGACAAGUUGCAAUUCUUCUUAUGGCUUUACUAGCAGGUAUAGACAGUGUAACACCUCCAGUGUUGUUGAUCGGUGUAUAGGAAGUAACUCUGAAAUAACUCAAUGUUUUGUGUUUUGGUCACAAUGGAGUAGUUGGACAAGAUGCAAUGCUUCUCGUGGGUUUAUGAUCAGGAAAAGAGAAUGUAAUACCUCAAAUUCUAUUGAUCGGUGUAUAGGAAACAACUCUGAAAUAAAUCAAUGUUUUGUGUUUUGGACUCAAUGGAGUAAUUGGACUGGAUGCAAUUCUUCUCAUGGAUUUAUGAGCAGGAAAAGAGAGUGUAAUACUUCAAAUGCUAUUGAUCAGUGUAUUGGAAACAACAGUGAAGUAAACCAAUGCUUGGCAUUUUGGUCACAGUGGAGUGUUUGGUCAAGAUGCUAUACAACCUAUGGAUUUAUGAACAGGUCAAGAAACUGUAUUAUUUCAAAUAAUAUAGAUUUGUGUUAUGGCAACAGCUCUGAAGUAACUGAAUGUUUUGAAAAAUGGACAACCUGGAGUGAAUGCUCUGUUACAUGUGGAAUGGGUAAUAGAAGUAGAAGUUCAUUAAACACAACUGCUCCUGAAGUAAUGUUUGAAAAUUGUUAUACAAUCAAUUGCCCAGAGGAUGGAAUAUGGGGACCUUGGAGUAAUACAGAAUGUUCAAUAACAUGUGGUAAUGGGAUCAAAGUUUUCAAUAGAAGCUGUAAUAAGCCCUUAUUUAAUGGUCAAGAUUGUAUUGGUGUUAGCAAUUAUACUAAAUUUUGUGAUAAUAAUAUAAUUUGUCCAGUAAAUGGUUAUUGGUCAGCAUGGUCUUCUUGGUCUUUAUGUAAUCAGCCAUGUAAAGGUGGUAUAAGUUCAAGAUUUCGCAGCUGCUCCAAUCCUAUGCCAAGGUUUGGUGGUCAGGAUUGUAAUGGAAAUAUUGUUGAUUUUGCAAAUUGUCCUUGGCAAACUUGCAAAAGUGUAGAUUUGAAUUUGGCUGUAAAUUUUGUUGAUGAAGAAUAUACUUAUUGGUAUUCUGUAGUAAAAAGUACUCCUUCUUUAGCAUUUAGGAAUAGGAUUAAAAGCAUGAUUUCAAACCUUUACAGUAGUCACAAAGUAAAUGUAACUUUAAAUGUUAUUUUGCACUCUAUCGAAUUUCGUCCGUAAUUAUUAUGCGUUUUUUUUUAUCGAUUUUGAAUCAGCAAAUCCUCAAUAAAGAUAUGUAAUUGGUCAUUCUUAUUUUAAAGAGAUAUAUUGGUUAAAUUUAUUUACUAAACUUGGUUAAUGAAAGAAUGUCCACAUCAUAAAGACAUUUUUGCAUGAACCAAAUAGUAAAUUAAUUUAACUGUUUUAGAAUUUUCUAGAAAAAUUUUAUUUAAAUUUCUUAGAAAUGGUUUUUCAUCGCUUGUUUUAAAGUUUUAUUUUUGUCUGUCGUAUAAAUUUUGCU